AAACCACAAAAACCUCUCUCUCUCUCUCUCUCUCCAUAUUUCUUUUACUACCUCUCCGUCUACUUCUCACUUCUUUACACUCUCCUUCUCUCUUUAAACCUCACCUCUUCCUCUCUCUCCUCCUGAUCUCUCUCUAAAAGAUGUCUGCUAAUCCGGUGACGAAAUUCUCAGAACGUCCCGGCAACUUCCCGACCACUUUCCGGUGGAAAGUUGUUCGGAUUAUACUCGCCGACCCCGACGCCACCGACAACUCCAGCGACGACGACGAUGAUGCCAAAGUUGUGAAGAGGCAUGUCAAAGAGAUCCACUUCAACCAAUCGAUUCACUCAGUACCCAAGCCACAGCAAAGAAAGAGGAGAAAGCUACGGAGCUUUGGGUCGCCGGAAUCUGACACAUCUCGCCGGAAAAAGUUCAGAGGCGUGCGUCAGAGGCCUUGGGGUCGAUGGGCUGCGGAGAUCCGAGACCCGGCCCGGAAAAAGCGGGUCUGGCUCGGGACUUUCGACACGCCUGAGGAAGCCGCCAAAGUCUAUGACAGAGCCGCCGUUAACUUAAAGGGUCCAGACGCCGUUACGAACUUUCCUAAGGUAGAUGUAACGGAGGCGGUGGUUGACGACGUUAAGAAAGACGGUGAAGGGUUGCAGAAGGUUGAAGCGUCGUCGCCGAAGUCAGUUCUCUGUUACGAGGAGUUAACGCCGUUCGACGGAUUCAGUUACGGUGACGUUGACGUUUUCGGAUUUGACAUCGACUUGCCGUUAUGUUUGCCGCAUCCGUCGGUGUUGGAGAAUUACUACGGCGAGGAUGAUCUCGGCGAGUUUGACUUUGAGUUUGCCGAUUUCCUCGUUGAAGGCCGAUAAUGAAUGACAUCCUGUCUGAAAAGUGGGGUCGCUAUGUGAUUAGUGUUUAAACAAAAAAAAUUGUUAAAAUUAUGAAAAAUAUUAAGCCCGCAUAAUUAUUAUUAUAGAGUUAGAUACAACUCCCUGCAUAGACACAUUAAAUACAUAAGUGGCAUUCUGUACAGAGAGUUGUGUUUUUGAGAUUAAAUCCUAUUCAUGUGAAAAAGUUGUAACAUUGUAUUUUGAAAUUCAUGAUACAAUGCUUUUUAAUGUAAGAUUUUACUAAUGGGUGUACUUA